CACAAUUAGGUUAAUGGUUGCCGAGAAAUGACAUAAAUACACCUUGAAAUUAUAAAUUUUCAAUCAGUUUCUGUUGAGUGUUUGUUGAGCUUUAGCCAUGAUAAAGUAUGAGCAAAGCGAGCUAUAUCCGUACUACCGUAUUUGCCGAUAUAUAGGCAUCUUCUGCAUACAAUAUAUCAGCAGUAAGGAUCGCUUUCGGCUGCGUCGCAGUCUCAUCUGUUAUGUGGUGCACUUGGCCAUGCAAAUCUAUUUGGUCGGCUGUAUGGUAUUAUUGGUCACCUUUUGGACCUUUUGCUUCAAGAGCGAAAUGACCGCAACGGGCAAUCAUUACGAGCGUUUUGUGCUCUUCUCGGCCCUACUUAUACAGUUCCUGCAGAAUGCCUGGCUUAUAUGGCUGCAGGAUCUACAGAUGCGAAUUGUGCGACAACUUGAGUUUUAUAAGAGAAAAUAUUUGUUGACUGUGCAUCUGGUGCUGCCUAAACGGCUGCUAGUUUUUCUUGUGAUUUUCAAUGUCAUCUACUUUGGCAACUUUUUGAAAUUCUGUGUGACAGAUUGGUUUGUCAAUAUAUCGGGCUGGUUCACCUUUAGCACGCUGGGCUUCCCCUUGCGUGCCCUCAUCAGCAGCUUCAUACAGGGCAUCUAUGUGUGCCUCAUACAUGUCGUACGACAUUUGUUGCGCAGCAAUCAGGCCCAGCUGAAGGCUCUGGUCCAACAGUUGCAACGGUCCAAGCGAAACUGCAGCGAUAUCCUGCGCCUGCGCGCCUGCCUAGAUCUGCACGAUCGUCUGCUCUACUUGUGCACCGAUGAGAUCAGUCUGGUCUAUGGCUUCAGCAUUUGGCUCUGUCUGCUGUUUUCCUCACUGGACGCGACCAGUAUACUUUAUAUCAUGAUGGUUAGCAAGUCCGACAAAAAUGUGUUGAAGCGUAUUAUUUCGACCGCUAUAUGGCUCUCACCCACAUUUAUGAGCUCCGCGACGGCUUUGAUGAGCGACACAGUCCAUGUACAGGCCAACAAAACAGCCAAAAUACUUGCAAAAAUACCUAGGACUGGCUCUGGUCUGGACAGAAUGGUCGAAAAGUUUUUGCUUAAAAACCUGCGUCAACAGCCCAUACUGACAGCCUAUGGUUUUUUCGCACUAGAUAAGAGUACGCUAUUCAAGCUCUUUACAGCCAUAUUCACGUAUAUGGUGAUAUUGGUACAAUUUAAGGAAAUGGAGAACUCUACUAAAUCAUUGCAGAAAUCAUAAUUUAACUUUAGAGUCAGUUCACCUGUCUUAUGUCUAUAAUGGAGGAUGGGUUUU